AUUAGUUAAUUAUGAGAUCUAAAAUAUGUGAUAGCAAUGAAGAUAUGUGGUUUUUGGUUAGUUUUACCUUUUUUUUGUGCGUGUGAGAAUGCGAGGGAUUUUAUAGAAGGCUCGAAUACGCCUUUUGGUAGCACUGUGAUGAGUAUUAAGUGGAUUUGUUUAUUACGAGAUCUAAAAUAUGUUGUAGUAAGGGAGAAAUGUGUUUUUGGGUUAGUUUUCCCUUUUUUUGUGCGAGUGUGAAUGCGAGGGAUUUCAUAGAAGGUUCGAAUACGCCGUUUGGUAACACUGUGGACGUUGGUAUUAUGUAAUUUUACUGUUUUUAUUUAUUAUGGGCUUGGGGAUAUAGAAUGGUAAGAAAGAGAGGGGAUUUUUAGAUAGUUUUUGCUUUUUUAGUGCGAGUGUGAAUGCGAGGGAUUUUAUAGAAGGUUUGAAUACGCCGUUUGGUAACACUGUGGACGUUGGUAUUAUGUCAUUUUAGUGUUUUUAUUUAUUAUGGGCUUGGGGAUAUAGAAUGGUAAGAAAGAGAGGGGAUUUUUAGAUAGUUUUUGCUUUUUUAGUGCGAGUGUGAAUGCGAGGGAUUUUAUAGGUUUGAAUACGCCGUUUGGUAACACUGUGGACGUUGGUAUUAUGUCAUUUUACUGUUUUUAUUUAUUAUGGGCUUGGGGAUAUAGAAUGGUAAGAAGGAGAGGGGAUUUUUAGAUAGUGUUUGCUUUUUUGUUAAUUUUGGGGGUUGAAAAUAUAUGGUAGUUUGAGUAAAAGGAGAUUAUUAGAUUGUUUUUUGCUUUUUUUGUGCGUGUAUGAAUGCUGGGUACUGAUUUAUGCUCUCUCUCUCUCUGAUAUUCUUCCCUUUCCCUUUUUGCAUUUUUUUUCUUUAUCUCUCUCUCUCUCUCUCUCUCAAGAUAAUUAAACAGGGAAAUUCCUCCAUGUUAAAAUUUUAGUCUAUCUUUCUGUCUGGAAAUACCUCCUUGUCUACCUAUCUUUUAUUAAUCUAAUCUUUCACCUCUGCACAUCCCGCUCCUUCACAUUAUCAUCUACCAACCUUCUUCAUCUACGUACAUUUGGUUCUUUAUUUCCAUUGUCGUUCCUCCAAUCUCAUCUUUAAUGACGUUUUUCCUGCUAUUUCAAUCUCGCUUUCCUGCUCCUUCAAUCUCGCUUUUCCUACCCCUCCAAUCUCGCUGUUCUGCUCCUCCAAUCUCGCUUUCCUGCUCCUCCAAUCUCGCUUUUCCUGCUCCUCCAAUCUCGCUUUUCCUGCUCCUCCAGUCUCGCUUUCCUGCUUCUCCAAUCUCGCUUUUCCUGAUCCUCCAAUCUCGCUUUUCCUGCUCCUCCAAUCUCGCUUUUCCUGCCCCUCCAAUCUCGCUUUUCUGCUCCUCCAAUCUCGCUUUCCUGCUCCUCCAAUCUCGCUUUUCCUGCUCCUCCAAUCUCGCUUUUCCUGCUCCUCCAAUCUCGCUUUUCCUGCUCCUCCAAUCUCGUUUUUCUGCUCCUCCAAUCUCGCUUUUCCUGCUCCUCCAAUCUCGUUUUCCUGCUCCUCCAAUCUCGUUUUUCCUGCUCCUCCAAUCUCGCCUUUCCUGCUCCUCCAAUCUCGCUUCUCCUGCUCCUCCAAUCUCGCUUUUCCUGCUCCUCCAAUCUCGCUUUUCUGCUCCUCCAAUCUCGUUUUUCUGCUCCUCCAAUCUCGCUUUCCUGCUCCUCCAAUCUCGCUUUUCCUGCUCCUCCAAUCUCGCUUUUCCUGCUCCUCCAAUCUCGCUUUUCCUGCUCCUCCAAUCUCGCUUUUCCUGCUCCUCCAAUCUCGCUUUUCCUGCUCCUCCAAUCUCGCUUUUCCUGCUCCUCCAAUCUCGCUUUUCUGCUCCUCCAAUCUCGUUUUUCUGCUCCUCCAAUCUCGUUUUUCCUGCUCCUCCAAUCUCGCUUUUCCUGCUCCUCCAAUCUCGCUUUUCCUGCUCCUCCAAUCUCAUCUUUAAUUACGUUUUUCCUGCUAACUCAUUUUCACGUAGUCUCUCCUCCUCCUCCUCCUCAUCUUAUCUAUUUCUGUCUGUCUGUUACUUCACCUACGUUUUACUUUCUAUGAACUCAUCCUUAAUUUCCAGAGGUGGGCGCGGUACUGAAAAAUUAAUAGUGCGGUUGCGGUAGUGCGGUACUUUUUCCGGAGUAGUGCGGUUGCGGUAGUGCGGUACUUUUUCCGCAGUGCGGUUGCGGUAGUGCGGUACUUUUUCCGUAGUGCGGUUGCGGUAGUGCGGUACUUUUUCCGGCGUGGCGCGGUCUCAUUUUUUUAUAUAAGCCUCCUCCUUAUCUUCGCUUUCCUCAUGUUCCCUUUUGUUAACUCAUUCUUAAUCUGGUUUUUUUUCCCCAUCUCAUCUUGUAAUCUUCCACCUCUAUCCUCCUCCUCUUCUUCCUCCUCUUCCUUAUCUCCUCUUUCCUCAUGUUCUUUUUUGUUAACACGUUCUUAAUCUUCGUUUUUUUUCCCAUCUCAUCUUGUAAUCUUAGACCUCUGUCCUCCUCCUCCUCCUCCUCCUCUUCCUUAGCUUCCCUCCUCCUCCUCCUCCUCCUUAUCUCCUCUUUCCUCAUGUUUUUUUUUCUAACUCGUUCUUAAUCUUCGUUUUUUUCCAUCUCAUCUAAUAAUCUUAGACCUCUGUCAUCCUCCUCCUCUUCUUCCUUAUCUUCCCUCCUCCUCCUCCUUCUUAUCUUCUCUUUCCUCAUGUUCUCUCUUGUUAACUCGUUCUUAAUCUUCGUUUUUUUUCCAUCUCAUCUUGUAAUCUUAGACCUCUGUCCUCCUCCUCCUCUUCUUCCUUAUCUUCCCUUCUCCUCCUCCUCCUUAUCUUCUCUUUCCUCAUGUUCUUUUUUCUAACUCGUUCUUAAUCUUCGUUUUUUUCCAUCUCAUCUUGUAAUCUUCCACCUCUAUCCUCCUCCUCCCCCUCCUCUGCCUUAUCUUUCUCCCUUCUCCUUAUCUCUCCUCUAUGGGCCUCCCUCCUGCCUCAUCCUUCCCUCUUCAUAUGUUUAUCAGUGACUCGGUGUAAUUCCCUAUCUAGUAUUUCGUCACCUCGUUAUUUUGGGGAUUUUUUCUGGCCACUCAUUCUCCGCUGGUGUUUGUGUAGAGUCAUGACUGGUAUUUUAGUCUUGAUACGGUAACUCUCGAUUUACGCGAGUAUUGUGUCCUUGAAGAGGUUGCGUAAAUAAAAAACAAUGCAAAUUAAACACGAGGUAGGUUUGUAACUUUAUUGCCCACUGUAUCACUCUGACUCCUCUCCCUCUCGUGGUUCCUCCUCUGGCUGCCCUUCCCCUCGUGGUAGCACAGCAGUGAGGGUGUUGUUGUUGUUGUUGAGUAGCGUGGCAGCGUGGGCACUGUAUUGUUGUUCAAGUGGCGCGUGGGAAGAACUGAGCUUAGCUGUGUGGC